UUUGGUACUGCUCUCAUAUUUCGCAGCUAAAAAAAAAGGCUCAUCAGUAAUCAGCGUCUCCUUAGCCCCUCCUAUAAUUUUGCACCCACCAUACAUAUAAUUAAACAAUAACUACCACUAUCAUGAUAACCAACAUUAUCAUAUUGGCUGUUGCCAGUUUCAUAGUUCCAGUUUAUGCUGUUGUAAAUCCGAGUUCAUAUUUAAACUUUCAACCAUUAGUGAUUAACACGCCAAUCAUUGAGGUAGUAGGAAAUAAAUUAUUUAAUGUUGAUUCGGGUCAACAAUUCUUUAUUAAAGGUAUUGCCUAUCAGAAAACAAGACAACCAGGUGAAGUAUAUGAUGGGAUGAUAGAACCUUAUAUUGAUCCAUUAUCAAAUACCCAAACUUGUUUAAGAGAUAUUCAGUAUUUUAAGGCUUUAGGAGUUAAUACUAUUAGAGUGUAUCAAGUAAAUCCUGCUUCUAAUCAUGAUAUAUGUAUGAAUUCUCUUGCAAAUGCUGGAAUUUAUGUUAUAGCUGAUUUAUCUGAACCUCUGAAUUCAAUUGAUAGAAGUUUUCCAACUUGGGAUAUUACUCUUUAUGAUAGAUAUACUUCAGUAAUUGAUUCUCUUAUCAAAUAUCCUAACACAUUAGCAUUCAUAGCGGGUAAUGAAGUGGCCAAUUCUCAAGAUACUACAGAUACAGCUCCAUUUAUUAAAGCUUCCAUUAGAGAUAUGAAGAAUUAUAUUAUUUCAAAGGGUUAUAGACUGAUACCAGUAGGUUAUUCUUCAAAUGAUGAUGCUGGUAUCCGAAAGGAUUUGGCUGAUUAUCUAGUAUGUAAGACUUCAUCAAAUGACAAUAGUGCAGCUGAAUUUAUUGGAUUAAAUAUUUAUGAAUGGUGUGGUUAUUCUACUUAUGCAACUUCAGGCUAUAGAGAUUUAACUUAUCAGUUUAGUGAAUUUCCAGUUCCUAUAAUGAUGAGCGAAUAUGGUUGCAAUACUGUAAGGCCAAGACCAUUCACUGAAGUUGAAGCUUUAUAUGGAAGUACUAUGAGCAAAGUUUGGUCAGGUGGUAUAGCAUAUGAAUACUUUGAAGAAGUAAAUAAUUAUGGAGUUGUCAUUCAAAAUCCUGAUGGCUCAAUAUCCCAAUAUGAAGAUUUCAGCAACUUGGCAAGUAAAUUAAAUUCAAUUAAUCCUAUAUCUAUUAGCUUAAGUGAAUAUGGAAAUCUUACACAAUCAUUUCCAACGUGUCAAGCUCCUACACCAGAAUUUCAAGCAUCUACAAGACUUCCAAAUACUCCAAAUAAGGACAAAUGUACAUGCUUACAAGCCAGUUUAUCAUGUGUGGUGAAUCCAUAUAUGAAUGUUAAUAUCAAUAGUCUAUUUCUGGAAGUUUGUGGUAAUAUAGAUUGUUCGGAUAUUAGUAACAAUGGAUAUGAUGGAAUCUAUGGAGCAUUUUCUGACUGUUCAUCAACUCAGAAAUUAUCAUAUAUUUUGAAUAAAUACUAUAUUUCAAGAAAUAGAGAUCCCACUGCUUGUAACUUCUCGGGACGAGCUACUUUAAUAACAAAUGUCACUGAUUUGAAUGAUUUGAAAACCCCCGAUGGCAAAGCAUGUGCACCAUUGAUCGAAAAUUCAAAACUGUACAAUCUUACAUUUGAAUCUUCAAAGAGUAAGGAAUUGCUUUCAUUAAAUGAAACUAAAACUUCACCCACUAAUCCAACAUUAGAUCAUUAUAGCCCAAACUCAUCAUUUCAAAGAAGAAAUUCUACUUCUAGCUAUACAUCGCUGGGAGCAAUUAUUAUCAAUAAAUUAUCAGAGUAUUUAAUCCAAAUUAUUGCAUCACUUAUUGGAACUUUGAUAGUUAUUUAACUACAAUAGGAAUUUGGUAGAUGAAAUUCGUUAAAUCAUAACAUAUAUUUUUUUGCUUAA